AUGAGCAAAUUUUAUGAAGAUCUGGAAACCGAAGAGGGACAGAGAAACAUUUAUAAAAGGCUAGGGACGAAAGUAUCUAAACACAUUGUCCGUAUUAAACAAAUUAAAGAUAUCAACGGGAGUGUACUAACAGAGGAAUGUGAUACCAAAGUAAGACGUAACCUAUCAAAUGAAGAAACUCAGAUAGAGCCAGGAGAUUUAUCAAGUUUAGAGGCAAAGGAAGCAUUAAUUAAAAUAAAGAAUGGGAAAGCCACGGGACCUGAUAGGAUUCCAAUUGAAGCGUGGAAGUGCCUGGAUGAACAGGGCAAAGGGGAUGUACAGGAUUGUGGAAACUACCGGGGGAUAAAAUUAAUGGGGCGCACCAUGAAGCUAUUUGAGAGAGUACUGGGUAAGAGAAGGUACAGAUAUAAUAUUGUUUUGGUGGGUACGUCAAAGCUGGAUGUAGAGAGGAAACUAGAACGAUGGAGAAGGGCUUUAGAAAUUAAGAGUUUAAAGAUCAGCAGAACCCAAACAGAGUAUCUACUGUUUAAUUGCCAAGAUCACAUUGAAAACAUCAAGCUAGGAAAAGAAGUAAAAUGA